GUGCGCGCCCUCUGCCCCCACUCUCCGCCCCGGCCGCCAUUGCCUCGUGCCCGCGCCGGUCGGUUGGUGGCGCCUUUGUCCUACGGCGGGCAGGUGGGCUGAGGUGGAGGCGGCAGGGGCGGGCCUGAGGCGAAGGAGAGGCCGGGAGCCCGCCGCGCUGGUAGCGAUAUUAAUAAGGCAGCGGAAAGAAGAAAUAUGAAUACGGCUCCAUCAAGACCCAGCCCCACACGAAGAGAUCCAUAUGGCUUUGGAGACGGUCGAGAUACAAGACGUGAUAGAUCCCCAAUCCGAGGAAGUCCAAGGAGAGAGCCCAGGGAUGGCAGAAAUGGCCGGGAUGCUCGUGAUAGCAGAGCCAUGCGAGACCCCCGAGACUUGCGGGACCACAGAGAUAGCAGAGACAUUCGGGAUCACAGAGACAGCAGAAGUAUGCGUGAUGCUCGGGACAUGAGAGACCUUAGAGACUUUCGUGAUCUAAGAGACUCUAGGGACUUUCGAGAUCACCGGGACCCCAUGUACGACAGAUACAGAGAUAUGAGGGACUCCCGAGAGCCCAUGUACAGGAGAGAAAGCUCUUAUGACCGAUACCUGCGAAUGGAUGACUAUUGCAGGAGAAAGGACGAUGCUUACUUUGACCGCUAUAGAGACAGCUUUGAUGGACGAGGCCCUCCAGGCCCAGAAAGUCAGUCUCGUGCAAAAGAGCGUUUGAAACGUGAGGAACGGCGUAGAGAAGAACUUUAUCGUCAAUAUUUUGAGGAAAUCCAGAGACGUUUUGAUGCCGAGAGGCCUGUUGAUUGUUCUGUGAUUGUGGUCAACAAGCAGACUAAAGAUUAUGCUGAAUCUGUGGGGCGGAAGGUACGAGACCUAGGCAUGGUAGUGGACUUGAUCUUCCUCAACACAGAGGUGUCACUGUCACAAGCCUUGGAGGAUGUUAGCAGGGGUGGGUCUCCUUUUGCUAUCGUCAUCACCCAGCAACACCAGAUUCACCGCUCCUGCACAGUCAACAUCAUGUUUGGAACCCCACAAGAGCAUCGCAACAUGCCCCAGGCGGACGCCAUGGUGCUGGUGGCCAGAAAUUAUGAGCGUUACAAGAAUGAGUGUCGGGAGAAGGAACGUGAGGAGAUUGCCAGACAGGCAGCCAAGAUGGCCGAUGAAGCCAUCCUGCAAGAAAGGGAGCGUGGAGGCCCCGAAGAAGGAGUGCGCGGGGGACACCCCCCGGCCAUCCAGAGCCUCCUCAACCUACUGGCAGAUAAUAGGUACCUCACUGCCGAGGAGACUGACAAGAUUAUCAACUACCUGCGAGAGAGGAAGGAGCGCCUUAUGAGGAGCAGCACCGACUCUCUGCCUGGCCCGAUUUCCCGCCAACCACUCGGGGCGACCUCGGGUGCCUCGCUGAAGACACAGCCAAGCUCCCAACCGCUCCAGAGCGGCCAAGUGCUCCCCUCUGCUACACCCAGUCCAGCUGCACCCCCCACCUCCCAGCAAGAGCUUCAGGCCAAAAUCCUCAGCCUCUUCAAUAGUGGCACGGUUGUGGCCAAUAGCAGCUCUGCAUCCCCCUCCGUCGUUGCCGGAAACACCCAGAACCAGAAUUUUUCCACAGCAGCGAACAGCCAGCCUCAGCAAAGAUCACAGGCCUCUGGCAAUCAGCCUCCAAACAUUUUGGGACAGGCGGGAUCUGCUCGGAACAUGGGCCCCAGGCCUGGGGCUCCUUCCCAAGGGCUCUUUGGCCAACCUUCCAGUCGCCUGGCACCUGCCAGCAACAUGGCUAGCCAGAGGCCCGUGUCUUCCACGGGUAUCAACUUUGACAAUCCAAGUGUACAGAAGGCUCUGGACACCCUGAUCCAGAGUGGCCCUGCUCUCUCCCACCUGGUUAGCCAAACCGCAGCACAGGUGGGGCGGCCCCAGGCCCCAAUGGGAUCUUACCAGAGGCAUUACUGAGGCUCAGUCUCUCAACUCCCCCCCCCCACCCCCUCAUCCCCUGGCCUCCCACCUACUGCGUUCAAAUAGAGUUAUUUGGAGGAUGUUCUCUGCGCCUCUCCAGGUCUACAUCGAAUGUUUCUACCACCUGCUCUCUCUUCUGCCCGAGGCUGUGUUGCUUACUCCUUCCAGAGUCAGAGUUUAUACUGCAUUUGGGGAUGUAUCUUUUUUUGUUGUUUUUGUUUUUUGUUUUGUAGAAAAUAAAUAUAUCUGGGGUCACUUGGGCAGUAUAGGUGUCUGGGCUCAGUUUAUAUGUCAUGGGUUUCUCUGGUCUCUGUCCGCUGGAUUUGGGGUGGAGGGUGGGCAGGAGGAAGCCAAGCCCGAUUGGCCGGGUUUGGAACGGCACUUCCAUGUCAGUCGCCACCGCCUUUGUUCAUUUGGAAUCUACCAAGGUUUUCCAGCUUCACCCAGGCCGACCAGAGCUCAAGUUCCUGUCUGCAGCUCCUGCCUAUAGGGCUGCAGAGGACCAGCCUGGCUCGGCCAGCACGGUGCCAUCGUCGUCCCCCCCCAUCGCAUGUGUGUGGGGUCUGCUUGAGGGUUUGUAGAUCAGCUGCUCUGGAGUUGGGAAGUGUCCAUGGCAGCCACAGAGGCAGGCAUUCUUCUGCAUCAUCCAGGGUUGUUGGUUUAGGGUUUUCUUUUUUCCUUUUUUGUUUUUCUUCAUUUCAUUGGAGGAUCUCCAAUGGGCUGACCAGUUCCAGUCACCAGCAGUUCAACAAGAACUGUGAAACUGGACCCUGACCACUCUCCACCCUCCCCCCCGGUUAACAUUUCUAUCAGCCUGUCCCUUUCCAGUGCUAGUUUUGCGGGGGCUCUGAGAAGGCAGCUCUAGACUCCGGCAGGGAACACCCAUUUUUUCAGUGAUUGUUUUGAGCUUUUGGCUCAGAAAUCAGGUUCUUAUUUUUCAUCUGGAUUCUUGUUCUGUUUUCUGAGCAGCAGGAGGUAGGGACCAUUUUGAUGUCAGACUUUGGGUAGCUGGACAUGUCCUUGAUACCGGUGGCUGUUCAUAACUUUUGAGCCAGAGUGAAAUGAGAGGGCAGACUUCUGGCUGCCACUCUAAAUGGAGUCCGAGGAAGCUGCCCUCUCCCCAGGGAUGCGCUCAUAGAGCCCUGUGGAGCACAGUCACAGGGGGCCCCUGGCAGGGAUGAGGGAGAGCAGGGCUGUCAGCUGAGUCCCUGCCAGUGGCUGAGCAAGCGAUGAUUUCAAAAAUUCAAGGUCCCCAGGUGGCAGCAUUUUGUGUUCUGACCUGUUUGUGUUAUAGAGUGUUUUUUUCUCUUUGGAAUUCUGUGUUAAUAAGAUGAGAUGAUUACUUUUUAAUUAAAAUGAAAAAGUAAAA